AUGGCCGAUUCAACUCAGCUUCUCUCCCAGGUCGACUUGGCCGAGUCAAAAAGCACCCCACCACCAAAUCAGAAACACCUCUCGUCCCUCGAUUCCAGAAUUGAACAGUAUAUUGGGGAUUUCGGGUGGUCUCAAUUCCUGCAAGCCGUACUUGUGUCCAUGGCAUGGAUCUUCGAUGGACAGCAAACGUUCAUUACCAUCUUCACCGAUGCACGCCCCACGUGGCACUGCACUGAUCAACUCGGGGAUGAGUGGUCGUCGUCGUGCGACUCGGUCUCCAACAUCUGCCGUCUUCCCAAGAAUUCGUGGACUUGGGAUUGGCCGGCACACACUUCAAUCAUCUCCGAAUGGUCGUUGGAGUGCGCCGCCUCCAUUGUCACCGGUCUCCCCGCAUCUUCCUUCUUUAUGGGUUGCCUCGUAGGCGGGUUCGUUCUAGCCACGCUGGCCGACUCGUCACUCGGUCGGAAAAACAUGCUCUUUCUCACAUGCCUAACCAUGUCUCUGUCUUCCCUACUAACCAUCUUCUCCAUCAAUAUAUGGAUUUACUCCGCUCUAAGAUUCGUCUGCGGCUUUUUCCGUUCAACAAUCGGAACUUGUUCGCUUGUUCUUGCAACUGAGCUUGUCGGAAAAAGGUGGCGGGGCCAGGUGGGGGUUAUGGGUUUCUUCUGUUUCACGCUAGGGUUUUUAUCCCUCCCAGCCAUGGCUUAUAUGAAUAUAGGAUUGUCAUGGAGAUAUCUCUAUCUAUAUACUUCUAUCCCGGGAAUCAUCUACUCUGCUUUAGUUCGGUUAUUUGUUCGCGAGUCUCCGAGAUGGCUGUUUGUGCGAGGACGUGAAGAAGAAGCCAUGGCGACACUAAAGAGUAUUGCUAACCACAGUAACUUAACCUGGAGCUUCUCUGGACUGUCAUCGUUUGAGCAGGAAACAGGCAACGACAAUAUUUUCUCGGCCAUGAAGAUCUUGCUGGAGAAAAGAUGGGCUCUUCGGAGGUUGUCGGCGAUUAUGGUGAUGGGUUUUGGCAUGGGAAUGGUGUACUACGGCAUGCCGUUAGGCCUCGGAGACUUGGCAUUCAAUCUAUAUUUGAGCGUGACAUUCAAUGCCUUAUCUGAGCUACCGUCGUCGUUGGUAACUUUCUUCCUCGUAGGAAAGUUGAACAGAAAAAGUUCGAUCAUUGUGUUCACUAGCCUUAGCGGGGUUUGCAGUAUCAUAUGUGGUUUGAAGGGGGGGGAGUGGAGAAGAUUGCAGAUUGGGGUGGAGCUGGUGUCCUUCUUUAGCGCUUGUACGGCGACCGAUAUAUUAUUUAUAUUCACAAUAGAGCUGUUCCCGACUCUUGUGCGGAACUCGGCUCUGUCGAUGGUGAGGCAAGCAGUUGUGCUUGGUGGCGUGUUUUCUCCGAUGCUUGUCGCUGCCGGGAGAGGAGACGGAUUUUCACCGUACACGGUGUUCGGGUUGGUUAUAGGGUGUUGUGGGCUGUUUGCAUUAUGUUUGCCGGAGACAAGGGGUAGGGCACUUUGUGAUACAAUGGAGGAGGAGGAAGAGCACAAUGAGAAAGCAGCCUGUAAUGGCGUAGGUGAUGUCUAGGCUCUUAGUUUUGAGCUCUUUGGGUGUGUGUGUUUUUUAUGAAAGGAAAAAGAGAAAUUUAGCUUUGUUUGGUAAAGUUUUGAGAAGUGUUUUGAAUUUUAAGUUAUGAAAAAAAUAAGAAUUGAAAAUUGAUUUGGUGGGGCUACUUUUGAAAAAUGUGUUUUAUGUGGAGUCCACAAACGAAAGG